AUGAAGUCAGAACUUCUGCUAGUGGCAGUGUUGUCUCUCUGCGUGAGCAGCAAACCACUGUCCAGAAGUAGAACUUUGCACAACAAAUUGCUGCUUAUAUCUUUUGAUGGUUUCAGGUGGGACUAUGACCAAGAUUCACACACACCAAAUUUAGACAAACUUGUUGAAGAAGGAGUGAAGGCAAAGUACAUCAAUCCCCCAGCAAUCACCAUGACAUCCCCAUCACAUUUCACAACUAUAACUGGAAGAUGGAUAGAGGAUCAUGGUGUUGUCCAUAACCUGAUGUUUAAUGCUUCAACUGGCUUAAGACUUACCCAUAAGGGAACACUGAAAAAAUCAGAAUGGUGGGAUAAUGGUGCUUUGCCUCUGUGGAUAACAGCCCAGAAUCAGGGUCUGAAAACAGCAUCUUUUUUCUAUCCUGGUGGAGGAGUUAAUUAUAGUGGGAAAGCUGUGGAUCGUUCCCUGGUUGAAGUACACGGGCAACUCGAUGACAAUGAAACAGAGUGGCAGCAGAACAUUGACACUGUGAUGGGAUGGUACUCCAAAGAGGAAUUUGACUUGGUUACUCUCUAUUAUGGAGAACCAGACAAUGUGGGCCAUGCUGUAGGCCCUGAAACCCCAGAGAGAAUAAAGAUAAUUGAACAGAUCGACCGUAUUAUUGGCUACCUUAGAGAGGCGAUUCACAAAAAUGGUUUGACUGAUAAUCUGAAUGUUAUCAUUACUUCAGACCAUGGCAUGACCACUGUUAAAAAGGCCAAUGAGGUUAAUGAGAUAAAACUUUCAAAUUACAUGAAAUUUUUGAAUCUAUCCCAAUUUGAUUUGCUCGACUAUGGUGGGUUUGGGAUGAUAACACCCAAGGAGGGCAAAGAACAGGACAUUUAUGAUGCCCUGAAGAAUGCACAUCCAAAUCUCACUGUCUAUAAGAAAGAGGAGAUUCCAAAACACUUUCACAUUGCCAAAAAUGACAGAAUUCAACCUAUUGUCCUUUUGGCAGAUCUGGGUUUCAAUCUGAACUCGAGGAUCAUUUUGUAUAUCAACAAAGGGGAUCAUGGAUUUAGCAAUGAGGAAAUGGACAUGAAAAUGAUCUUUCGAGCAUUUGGCCCAGAUUUCAAGAAACAGUUCUUGGCUGAGCCUUUUGACAGUGUCAGCAUCUAUCCAUUGAUGUGCAAGCUGUUGGGAGUAGUUCCAGAACCAAACAAUGGAAGUCUCAGUGACACCAAAGGGAUGCUAGUGGACAACAUUGAUGUUGGUGGGAACUGUGGAAGGAUCACAGUGUCUUUUACCCUUCUGAUACUAAUGACUGUUAUCUUAACCCUCAUUUGA